UUAAAUCACGCAUGCGCAGCGGGCGGAGCCUGCGGAGGUCCUGUCGGAAAGGUCUUUUUGUUUGGGCCGCUGAGAGAUUCGACACUUGGUUUGAUUCCCCUGGUUAACAACCGUUUUUUAUCUGCAUUAAUUUCGAGUGUCUUUUAUGAAUAAUCAAAAGCAGCAAAAGCCAACGCUAACAGGCCAGCGUUUCAAAACGAGGAAAAGAGAUGAAAAGGAGAGGUUUGACCCUACUCAGUUUCAAGAAAGUAUCGUACAAGGCUUGAAUCAAACUGGCACUGAUUUGGAAGCGGUUGCAAAGUUCCUUGAUGCCUCUGGCGCCAAGCUUGACUACCGCCGGUAUGCAGAGACACUCUUUGACAUCCUGGUGGCUGGCGGAAUGCUGGCCCCAGGCGGGACUCUAUCUGACGACAUGACCCGCACUGAGUUCUGCCUCUUCACGGCACAAGAAGACCUGGAGACAAUGCAAGCAUAUGCUCAGGUUUUUAACAAGCUGAUCAGGCGUUACAAGUACCUGGAGAAGGGUUUCGAAGAGGAGAUCAAGAAGUUGCUGCUGUUUCUAAAAGGGUUCACUGAGUCUGAGCGCAACAAACUGGCCAUGCUGACCGGUAUCCUGCUGGCCAACGGCAACAUAUCAGCCUCCAUCCUGAACAGUCUCUUCAACGAGAACCUCGUCAAAGAGGGGGUAUCUGCAGCCUUCGCUGUCAAGCUGUUCAAGUCAUGGAUCAAUGAGAAGGACAUCAACUCUGUUGCUGCCAGUCUCCGCAAAGUCGGCAUGGACAACAGGCUGAUGGAACUCUUUCCUGCCAACAAACGGAGCUGCGAGCAUUUUUCUAAGUACUUCACCGACGCCGGGCUGAAGGAGCUGUCCGACUUCGCCCGAAACCAGCAAUCCAUUGGCGCCCGUAAGGAGCUGCAGAAGGAGCUCCAGGAGAUGAUGUCCCGUGGUGACCCUCAGAAGGAGAUCAUCGCCUUCACCAGGGAGGAGAUGAAAAAGGCUGGCCUCUCUGAGCAGACCAUGAUCGGCAUCAUCUGGACUAGUGUGAUGAGCUCCGUGGAGUGGAACAAGAAGGAAGAGCUGGUGACCGAACAAGCCAUCAAACACUUGAAGCAAUACAGCCCUCUGCUGAAAGCCUUCACCUCCCAGGGUCUGUCUGAGCUCAGCCUGCUGCUGAAGAUCCAGGAGUACUGCUACGACAACAUCCACUUCAUGAAGGCCUUUCAGAAGAUCGUGGUGCUCCUCUACAAAGCGGAUGUAUUGAGUGAAGAGGCCAUACUGAAGUGGUACACCGAAGCCCACCUUGCCAAGGGGAAGAGCGUCUUCCUUGAGCAGAUGAAAAAAUUUGUUGAGUGGCUGAAGAAUGCGGAGGAAGAGUCAGAGUCAGAGGAAGAGGAGGCAGACUAAAACCUCCAUCGCCAGAUGAGCUUUUUGUUUUCUUUUUUUUAAAAUAAGUAGCAGCAGGAGCAGUAGAAUGUCUUUUUCCCUUCUCUCUCUUCUACCUCCUGUUACUUCUUUAUCCCCAAACACACACUCACCCUUCCACCACUCAAACACUUAAAUGUUAUUUAAGCAAAAUUAAAAAGGGCUCAGUCCUUAUUCGUAACCUGUUUGUCGCGGCUGACCGUGGAAGAGGAAAACUAUGAAUUCUCCCCUUUUAUUUUAUUUAUUUUUUUUGGUAUUCUUGUUGUAACGCCUUCUGUAAUUUGGAUACAAAACAUUCCAUGAGAUCUCGAUGGCCGCUGCUCGUUUGAAUCUGAACCAGAAUUUGGUUAAAAUUCAAGUUUGCCUUUUUGCCAUGCGACUACGAGGCUGACAAAAAUGUUGAUACAAUUCAGCCAAAUUUUUUCAUUUUCUUUUUUGUUUCCCUCCCCUCUCCCGUUUCACUUUUUAUUUUGCCCAGCUCAUGUUUUGGCUCCUGUUCGGUCUUAAACUUCACCUCCUUUCUUGACUUUCGGGUAAACCUGUACCGCGUGUCGAGGUCACUCUGGUCAGUCUGUCAGAAGACACGCACCCCUGUAAGAUGCCUCGCCAGCUAACUGAUUAUUAUUGGUUUCUACUUUCUUUAAUCUGAUAUAAACCGAUUGACUUUUUUAUGAAAUAAAGAUUAUUGAAAUGGUU